AUGUUGAACUACACCAAGCUCCUGCUUACUAAGCCUCUGCGUAGUACGGGCGGGUUACUAGCUGUAGUAAGAGCUAUAGACGAGCCAGUGCGGCCUACGCCGGGCACGCCGAGCGCUAAAGCGCACGUGUUCGCGCCGAUUUCGCCGCCCGCGCACCCGCGCCCGCUUUCCUUGCUGGACUUGCUGCGACAGGCUAACGCGCAUAUUGAGCCGCACCAAGGGGGUCUCAUCUCGCCUUCCUUGCUGGACUUGUUGCGACAGGCCAACGCGCAUAUUGAGCCGCACCAAGGAAUGGGCGUGAACUCAGGCGUGGGCUCCAACGCGGGCAAGAUGCAGAGCCUGGAAGAACUGGAAGCGCGUUUGAGGCCGCAGCACCCGCGCGCGCACCCGCCGCCCGCCGCGCCCGCGCCCGCCGACCACGAGCUGGCGGCCUUCAAGCGCCUCCUGGCGCAAGUGUCUGGAGGACACGCGGUGCCGGCGGCGCCGGAGCGCCAUCCUCCGCCGCAGCCGCAGCCCAUGAGCCUGUUGCAGAUGUUAAACAAGAGCAUGGAGCAGCAAAAGGCCCAGCAGCAGCAGCAGCAGCAGCAGCCGCAUAUCCCGCAGGAGCUCCUAUACAAGCUCCUGCAGGUACAGCAGCGGCAGCAGCAGCAGCAGGCGGGUGAAAUGGGGCUCCACAGCGCUGACCGCGAGCUCUUGCAGCGGCCUGAAGCGCAGGCGCUUGUUCACGGCCUGAAGGCCGGCGAGAUCACGGUCCAGCACAUCAUGCAGCAGCUCAGCAACCCGGGCCUGCAGAGCCGCCACCGCGACGUGCUGCUCACCAUCCUGCGGCUGCAGCACCAGCGCCAGAUGGGCGGCUCUCCCCUGCCCAGCGUGGGCGUGGGCGCGGCGCCGCAUUUGGUAGUCCCGCCGCACCACCAGCCGCUCCGCCUGUCGCCGCUGCCUCACCCCAGCGAGUACAAUGGUGUGCCCGCGCGUAUCCCGUCGCCGCGAGAGUUGGCCGCGCAUACACAAAGCAUCAUGCAGGGAGCGCUCAUCAAGAAGAAGCUGGAGGAGCAGCGCGAGAACUACCGCCGCCGCCACGAGGCGCCCAAACAGCCCACUCCCAUCUCCUUCACGCCCACUUCUGUGCUGCGCAAAAUGACAGCCGAGAAAGAAUCAGAGGCGCCCAGCCCAAAGCAACAGUGGGCGCAGCCGCCCAAGAUGCCCCAAGGGCGGCCAAUCGUCAAGGGAAACCAGAGUGGAGCGGCACCAAUGGGCUACGGCCAGUCACAGUCUGAAUACCAGCAGCACUAUCUCAACCAACAGCAGAUGGUCGGUGGAGGACGUCCAUUUCCUCACCCACAGCAAAGACAGCAAGUACCUAAUUCGUACAACAACAUGAACAACAUGGCGCGAGGCAUGGUCGGGGGCACCACGCUGCAGCAGCUCCUCGUGCAGUCCCACCAGAACCGCCUCAAUGAAAUGGGCGGCGGGUCCGGCGGCGGCGACAACCAGCUAGCUCGCUGGUUCUCGCCGGAACUUCUCGCGCGUGCGUCCGCCGGCAAGCUGCCUUCAGUCCACGUGCCCAACGCGCUCUCGCUCGAAGACCUGGAGCGCCACCACCACUCGCCCGCGCCUCCGCUGCGCAACUGAGCCAACUGAGCCAACCGAGCCACCGAGACGACCGCUGAGCUGAUGAGCACCCACCACUACGAAUAACCGCGCCGAUACGCUCCAAUUUUGCAUACAAAGCUUUAUAACUGACUUGAAAGAUUGAACUGUCUUAUUACAAAUCAAAUCAAUAGACAUAGAUAGUUUGAGUGAUAUUCUGCUUUGUGUGCAAAAUUGACAAAUAGUAUUGGCGCGGACGAUACAGGGCUGCGAUCGGUAGCCGGAUGUUGGUCUUUUUUGCUAGUUUUGAAAUCGAAUCGGGAUUUCUACCGUGUAAUGUAUCGCUCGUAUUCGGUGAGAUGUUACGAUGAGCUGUUUUAUGUUCCUGUAUAGAGAUGUAAUGUUGUGCAAGAUAGGAAUUCCGGUUUGAUCUAGUUUUAGAUUGAUUGAAGUGUUUGAACGGAUGAGAGUAAAGUAUCGGCGGGCCGAAAACAUGGCGGUAUUAGAACGAAUGAAUUUUCACUGACAAGAAUUUAUUUUUGAUUGGUAAAAUUCACAACGCGCGAGCGUAUUUGACGGUGUAAUUGUGUCCUUUAAAUUCGGCUACCGGUUGUGAACUCACCCUGUAUACUCGGUGACUACUAUCGCCAGUCAUACAUAUGAGCCCCUUCAGAUCCUAUUGUGAUGUUGUGAUUUUGUUGAAAAAAUUCCCAGUACUUUAAACUUGACCGUCUUUUAUUACUUAAUGAUCACUUUACUAACAGUCGCGCAUACGUAUGAUUGGCACGCGCCUAGCCCAUACUUGCGCACGAGUGGAAAAAUGACGUGUUCCCGUCAUUUAGACGCAAGUUUCGCGCGAGAAAUGUCAGCAAGUUUGCCUUAAACACUUGCUUUUAGUUUAAUCCGUCGAGAUCACAUUCGGGACCUAAAUAUUUUCGGUUCAAAUCAAAGGAAUAAGGUUCAAAUUUGCGCAGAUAACUUUGGUCCCGAAUGUGACGUUUGACGCUCUCAUUUCUCGCAUGAACUAUUGCCACUUCUCGACACUAUUCAAAGUAAAUUAUGAAUAUACAUAGCUCGAUGCAAGCUAAGAUGAAAUACUCAAUUCGACGUUUAGAAUGCGUUAUUUUUAGCGUGAAAUUCAUAUUUCUUUUUCAAAAUUAAGGUCUUAUUGACCCAAUUCGUGAUUAUACAAAAAUCUACGGAUAUAUAAUUAUUGGUGUGUUUACAUGAGCUGAAUGUGAUGUUGAUAUGAACUCGUCAAAGCUAGGUAUAUAGGUUAGAACACAACAGUUCGUGUGACCUCGUGAAACAUGCCAUGAAAUUAAUUCAUCAUUCCCAAAUUCAAAGUACUUAAUACAUACUAGCCAAGACGAACCCAGUCAACGUUCAUUGGGUCUAAAGUUAACCGACUACGUACUAGACAUACAAAUAACAAUACCUCAGUUUAACCAUAGGAUGUUGUAGGAUCACCGUCAAUUGUAAAUAUAAUCGUUGUUACUGUUACAAAGCCUUGUCGGAGACAACUAGCAACGAAGGUAACAUAGGUGUUGGAAUUAAUAUUCGAUGUCCCAUUUAUCUAUUGGGCAUUUUGGCCCAGGCCUAGUUUUGCACAGUUACGGUCGCUAGAUAGUCCAAACGGAUAAAAUAAUACCUAAAUACAUGCAAUCUUCUUUCAGCACAUAAUGUUGAUAUACUAAGAUACCUGAAUUGCUAUUGAUAGAAAUUUCUAAACUAUUCAUUUGUUAUAAUAAUGUAACACGUGAACAGCCUUUGACUAAGUUGUGCUAUAAGAAUAACAUGAAUGUUGGGCAUUAUUUUAUCUGACAUAGGCAAUAUAAAAAAGACCAAAUAGUGAUGAUCCAUUGGAAAUAAUAAGACAUCCCUUCGAUUAUUGCUGAUGUUCUAAUAAAAUUCAUGUUCUAUUACAUAUUUCAAUCUUCGCAUUUGUGACGUCAAUCGAUGUGCUCGAUCGACUUCAGUUUACCGAUUCAGGUGUUCGUCGAGCUGGUCGUUGACGGUUUAGUGUUUCUGUCUUUAUCUCUCCAGAAGUAUUACGUCGCGCCAGCAAGUGUCCUCGUGAUCCAGGUAGCAGCUGAUGGGAGGGAACUUUUGAUGUAUUUCUUUGUAGAUAUUUAACGUGUAGUGCCUAGUCUCGCCGUCUGGCCACGACAUAAGUGUUAUUAUUGUUUGUCGACCCUCUGUCAGCUCCCUUUACGUUUAUCUUGAUGUCUUCUUGGAAUAUGUCCCGCGCCGUGACGCAGCGACGCGAGACAUCGAGCGAGUGUGCGAGUGUGUGUGAGCGGUAUAUUGUAUGUCUUAAGGUUGUGUUUGUAAGCAUUUUUUCUUACUAUGUCAUUUUCGUGAGGAGGAGAAAGAUUUACGUUAAAAACAAAGAAAUAUUCGUCAUUAUUCAUGUCUAUACAUUUAUUGUUAGCGGAUAGACAUUUUAGGAUGGCCGUUUUAGUUGUCAUUCGCGAAUUAUUUU